AUGGCAGAGCCAGCUUUCAUUCAUGGGGAGGACUCUCCGCCCCGAUCUCCUCGAGCCCGGAGAGGCUCAACUACUCUACAGGCUGCAGCUACCUUGAACGCCGGACUCCAGCAGGAGGUCUCUCGGAGAUCUUCUGCUAGCUCACUGAGACAUAUGCAACUUGAGGCGGAGCAGGAAGCACAAGUGAACCGAUUGUUGCACAUGAUUCGGCAACAGCAACUUCAGCUUCAGCAGUUACAAGCUGCCCAGGGCCAUGCCGUGCCCUCCGCGGAUGACACGAGCGCCAUCUCGGACCGAUCCAUGGCUCAACCGACCUCCAUCCCAGGCUCUGGGCCACCUUCCGCCCUGCCAGGCCAUAGCGGAUCCUUCAGCCAGUCCCCCAGACACCGCCACCCUCGCAGCUCGUUUGACAUGGCCAGAGCCGAUCUCCACCGGCGUUCUCGCACUCCAAGCAGAGGUGCUAGCCGUGGGGCCUCUCCAAGGCUGCGCUCAACUUCAAUCAGCGGUGACGUCAACGAUGGAAUGGCACUUAACGGUCGUGACGAGAGUGCUUUCUAUCAAGCAGAAACUCAGAUGCUAGUCCGCGAAAACCAAAUGCUAAAACACCGUAUUCGUGAGCUCGAAAAACAACUUAGCGAGACACACGUCGUGCCGUCCAUUCCCCACGAGCCAAGCAAUCACUCGCAGCUUGCGCGGACACCGACGACGGAUAGUGGAGUGGUGGCGCCCAAGGACUCAUAG